CAGCCUAUCUGCUGCGGAGGGCUUCGGACUGCCGGAGCUCUGCCGGAGCAGAGAUGCGGAGCUGCGGAGCUGGUGGAAGCUCUCUCAUUGACUAAAACUAAAACCUAUCUGCUCCGUUACCGUGCUGGAGCGGAAACGGACCGAACACGUAUCUGGUGUAUUUUAGGGGUAAGGCUCCCCUCCCAAAUUUCCAAUGCAUCCUCAGAUCUUCCUCUCAGCCACUCCCACAGCAUUUACUGCUUUAAAGGGCUACACUUCAUCAGGUGGAUGCCAUUGACGGAAGUUACACGUCUACAGAGAAACUGCAGUAAUGGCAGCCCAGCAUGUCAAGCCCAACUUCAGUCAGCCUCAGGUGGCUGAGUUGGUGAAAAGGCUCUUCAGGCUCACUCCAUCAGAAAUCCGCUCACUGCCGAGCUACGCAGACCAGAACUUCUAUGUGGCAGCAGUUGAAGGUGGCGAGUUCGUCUUUAAGAUCAUGAACUCAGAGGACAGUAAGGAACCCAAGCUAAUUGAGAUGCAGACGUAUGCCAUGUCCUUCCUGCAACAAAACGGAUUUCCUGCCCAAACAGCACUGCCCACCACCUCGGGACAGCUCAUGAGCCUUGAGGAAAUGGAUUGCGGCUAUGGCUGUCAGAAGUACCUGGUGCGCUUGUUGACUUAUCUACCUGGAGAAACUAUAUCUAAGGUUCCUUUAACACCUCAGUUACUGUAUGAAACGGGCAAGACAGCAGCCAGAAUGGACCAAAUCCUACAGAGGAUGGAGCACCCUCAUCUUGGAGUACUGCAGAGAGAGAAUUUUGCCUGGAGCCUGUCAUAUUUUCCUGUGUUGGAAAAAUACAUUUAUGCGUUGGAUGGAGAUCCUCGACAGGAAGUUGUGAACUCGAUCAUGCAUCAGUUUAAGAACUCCGUUGUCCCCAAACGCUCUGAUUUCCGGAAGUGUAUAAACCACGGUGACUUCAAUGACCUCAAUAUACUUGUGCAACCUGAUGACAGUAACAGCUACAGGAUCUCUGGCAUCCUUGACUUCGGGGACAUGAACAGUGGCUACUACAUCCAUGAAUUGGCCAUCACCAUCAUGUACAUGAUGACAGAACACCCUAAUCCCAUUGAGGUGGGUGGACCCAUUUUAGCAGGCUGGGAAAGUGUCCUUCCCUUGAAUGAGGCGGAAAAGGACUGCCUCUAUUUGCUGGUGUUGUGCCGUUUCUGUCAGUCGUUGGUUUUAGCUCGUUACUCUGUGACGUUGCACCCAGAAAAUGAAGAGUAUCUGAUGAUCACCUCCAAAAGAGGUGUCAAGAUUCUCCAACAACUGUGGGAGCUGGGAAAGGCACAGGUGGAGAAGGUUUGGUUUGAGAGUGCUGCUCAGUUCAGUGACAGAAAGUGAUAUCUAAGGAAAGCCAUUUACAAAUAAUGCUUGACUGGGUGACUACAUUGAGCCACAUUUAUAGGAUGAUUUUUGAAAUAUAGUAUUUUGUGCUCUUUUGGAAAAUUUAAAAAGGUUUUACUCUGAUAGUUGAGGCAUUUUAAAGUAAAAUACUGGGCUUCAUUCACCAGCAUCUUCCUAAAUUUUACACUUAAAUCUGUUCUGAAGAACCUGUUUUCUUAAUCUGAUGAAUGCCAUGUCCAUGUUAGCUGGAAGCUUGCAUGUGUUUUCCUAAUUUGAGUAGAGAAAUGUCUCUUUAAUUUCCAGAUAUGGGCUUGAGACUGCAGGGCCAUGUGCAAACACUGAAGCCACACAGAGUUAAAGCGAGAAGUGGAGAGGCAGCAUGAAUGCUUCACAUAAUGUCUAAAAAUGAUGAUGCUCUUUAUGCCAACUGAAACAAUACACCUCAGUAGUUCUUUAGGUAGAUAUUGUAUUCAAAUUGAAAACAAGACAGGCUGACAAGCUAAAUGUUAUGAGGCAUUACUUGUCUUACUUGUGUUUUUAAGACCAGUGAGGAUAAAGGGAUCUUUUUUAUUUUUGUCAGGGAUUUUCUAAAAAAAAAUAGUAUUUAAAAAUUAUUUCAGUGUCAUGUCUUUGUAGAAAUUUAAGAACUUUAAACUGUGAUAAAAUCAUGCAGUGAUGUGUAUGGUAUUGCAUGUCAAGUUUAACAUUACAGUGAUUUGAAGAGUAGAGGAUAACUAACCUUGCAAAGCAAACGAGGGGCAGUACUUUUGGAUGUGGCGGAGUCAUGACAUAAGCAAGCAGCAACAAGAGGCUGGUGCAAUUUUGGUGGAAGAGAUCAGUGUUAAUGCUGCUAUAGUGUCAGUUUUAUCAGAACUUGACAACAUUUCUUUGUUAAAAGAACGAAGAACAGCACUGAGUUGCUUUCUUUUCAAAAAUGACAAAAGUCUACAGUAGCAAUGGUUCAUGCUAUGCAGUUCUCUAUGGAGUUUACUUCUCGGUAGCGGCCACGUCACAUGUUUUGUUGUUCUGAUUGACUCAUAAAGAUGUGACAGAACGUUUAUCCAAUCACCCUCUGAGUUUUUUUCAAAGGCCUGCCCUUUCCCAAACACUGUCUAUGGGAGGUUUUCCAGAUGGAUGUGUGAAAACAAAUCCAUCUGGCGUGUCAGGUCAGAAGAUAAUUGAAUGACUACAUAUGUUUGAAACACAGUCCUGCCUAUCCCUCUUUGUCGAAGAAUAAAUCGUCCAAAUAACAAACACACACUAGAGAAGCACUCGGAGAGCGCAGACCUCUGCCAUUAGCCUUAUCUCCUAACAGUAUAGAAUCCUUUAAAAAAUUCCUGGAUCCAGACAGUGAUCGGGAUCGCUCCCAAAAUUUAAUCAAUUCUUUCUUAUGCCAUUUCUGACAUUCCCUGAAAAUUUCAUCAAAAGCUGUCCACAACUUUUUGAGUUAUGUUGCGAACAAACAAACUAACAAACGAACAAACCCACCCAGUCACACAACAGCCUCUCUUCAAGUGUUAUGUGUGACUAAUUUUCUUGUUUGAACAAUACAUUUAUUUUAAAAGACUGAGAAGAAAACAAAUCAGUAAUGUGGUGGCAGAGAAUGGUCUUGAACAACCCCAAUUUGGUGGUGCAGCUAUAAAUGUCUGUCUAUUCACACAAAGAAACAACAAGUUUUAACACUUGAUAGUAACAUAACUUGCUGCUGGAUUAGUUCACACAGGUUAUCUUGUGCCUUAAUAAGUGACAGUAUUAUGUUGAUAAGGCAUAUUUGCUGUAUCCAUAAUGCUUGUAGUAAAGUUUGUCUUUAUACUGUUUACUAUUCAUGAGAUGUACACCCAACAUAAUGUAACUGACCAGGGCUUCAUUAUUUUCUCUGAUAUCAUUUUAUUCCUUCAAAAUAAGAUUACUUGACUCCUGCGUUAAGACUGAAGGUCUUGCUGUAUAUUUUUUCAAUAAACCAUACUUCUGUGUAGGUUCAUAUUGUAGUUAGAUGGGACCUUAACUUCCUUUGUGUGUUAAAUCACUUCUUUGUGAUCAGGUUUCAUACUUUUAUUCAGUGCCAGCCAUCCAAAUAAAUGAAUGAAGGCUUCA